AAAAAUACUAUUUUCUCAUCUGGCAAGUUGAGAAAAACUGAGUUUUUGGAAAACCUCAAAAUUUCCGAGGAUUCAAUUUGAUUCGAAAUCUGGGAACGUAUAAUUAGGAAAUAAAUGAUGGCUUUGCAACCUAGUGUCAAUCCUUAUCUGCGGAAACUUGCGGCCAACAAUGUCCGCACCUUUGCUGCAGCGGCGGCCGCCGCCAAGAGUCCAUCGCCAUCAUCCGGCUCCCCUCAAAAUUCCUACCACAUCCCUCGCGAACCUCUGAAGGUCAGCAAGGUCAAUAACAUUACGGUCGCAUCGGUCGAGACGAACAAACCCUUGGCCAAGUUGGCCGUUUACAUUCGUGCUGGCUCACGUUUCGAAACGGACGAGACUCAAGGGGUGACGCAAAUGUUGCGAAUCUGUACCGGUCUAGGGACCCAGCACUCUUCCCAAUUUAACGCCAUCCGCACCCUAGAAGCCAACGGGGCGAACCUAACUUGCACCACGGGACGGGAGUACGUCGCCUACACCGUGGAAGCCAGCCGGACAAAGAUGGACGACAUUCAAAAGUUCGUGAAGGAGUACGGCUUCUACCAAGUGUUUAAACCUUGGGAAGUUAGCGACAACAUCCCCCGAUUGCGACUCGAGAGGAAAAUCCGUCCCCCAGAGGCCCGAAUUAUGGAACUCAUCCACAAAUCGGCCUACCGUAAAGGGCUCGGAUAUUCAUUGUACAGUCCGAAGUGGAUGAUUGGAAAUCAUUCUAGUGAAAUGUUGAACAACUUUGUCAAGUCAAAUUACCUCGAAGCCAGCAUUGUCGCAACCGGGAUGAAUCAUGAGGAACUCAAACUUUACGCUGGGGCGUUAAAAAUGUCCGAAAAACCGAGAAAUGUUCCUGCCACGAAGUUCUAUGGGGGAUCGGAACUCCGCAAAGAGACCAGGUCAGGAUUGGCCUAUGUGGCGUUGGCGAUUGAGGGCGCGUCAUUCACUAACCAGAAGAAUUUUAUCACCGCCGCCCUCGUUCACCGCGCCCUGGGAUCCGGUCCAAGGACGAAACGUGGCUUGAAUUCUGGAGGGAAACUUAGCGCCGCUACGAGUGGGGAUGGCGUCUCUUUGAAAGCAAGUUCGAGCGCGUUCAGCUCAAACUAUUCAGAUUCAGGCAUUUUAGGAGUUUUUAUUACUGCCACGCCGUGCACAGUCGAAGCGGUCACUAAAAAAUCUGCCGAAAUUUUACUCUCGGGCGGCUUCUCAGACGCUGACCUAGCUCGAGCCAAGGCUCAGUUGAAGACAGACAUUGCCUGCGCGACGGACAGCGAUGGCGGAUUUUUGGAGGAAAUCGGACUUCAAACCCUGCUUACCGGAGCGGUCACUUCACCCACAGAGAUUGAAGGGCUUAUCGACUCUGUGACUGCCAGUGAUAUGAAUACGCUCGUCACUAAAGGAAAAUUGAGUAUGGCAUCGUUCGGAAAAAUUGCAAAUGUUCCGCACAUUGACAACUUGAAGAAAUAAUUACUUGUUUAAUUGCAAUUUUAAAACAGUUGAGUAUUCUAUCUAAUCAAUUUCACUAAAAUUGGAAAAUGUUGUAGUAAAUGAAACCGUUCUAUUAGACAGAUUGCUAUCAAAAUUUAAAUUAAAGUGGUGUGGUGACGAUGUAUGUAAAUUAAUUAUGUAAAGUCAAUUAAUUAUACGAAUGAAAAGAAAGUAAAAACUACCGGG